UUAUUUUCAGGCCGCCUUUUGGAUGUGGAGCGAGAUGCUUAUGCAACAAAGUGUUUACGCAGUCAUCGACCCUAAAUGUACAAUGAACUGCACAUGUUGCAAAGAUCAAAUUUGUGGGCCGGGUCCUUUUUAUGCAGAAGGAAGUUGUAAAAAAGGCUGUAUUGAUGGAUACAGGGGUGCACGGUGCUACGAGAAAUGUACUUUCAAUUGCAAAAGAUGUGCAAACAGUACUGACCGCUGCAGUGUAUGUUAUAAUGGUUAUUAUCCAGGACCAAUGUACGACUGUACGUCAAAAUGUUCACCAGGCUGUGAAACGUGCUCUUCUGAGAGUGUUUGCACUAAAUGCAAGGACUAUAAUCACAACGCUGAUAAUUCAACUGAUUGCCCAUAUACAUAUUGUACGCAUAAAUGUAAAUGUCAAAAGACAAAAUGUAUGUCAUGCAUUGAUGGAUACUAUGAUAAAACUACAUCAUGCAGCAAAAGCUGUCCUGAUAACUGUGUCUCCUGCUCGUCUGAAGAAACGUGUGAUAAAUGUAAGAAUGGUUACUUUAAUGGUUAUGCAUUUGACAACACAAGUCUUCCGCGUUUAGACAACUGUUCACAUGAAUGUAGAGCUCAUUGCACACACUGCACGUCAUAUGAUACAUGUUUGAAAUGUGUACCUGGAAGAUACGGAUUAAUCUGCAAUGAGACAUGUUCUGCUGGGUGUAAUUCUACUGAUUGCUUGAUACGGUCUGGUCAAUGUACAUGCGCUCCGAAUUUCGUAGGAAAUGAUUGUAAAGACUGUAAGGUAGGAAAAUUUGGAAAUAUGUGCGAGAAGAAUUGUUCCUCGGGUUGUAAAAGUGGUAUUUGUAACAAACAGUCAGGUUAUUGUCUAAAGGGAUGUAUUAUCGACUCAAUUGUUGGCAAAACGUGCAAUGCAUGUUCAGUUGGUAAGUACGGGGAGUAUUGUAACACAUCAUUUCCAAAGAAUUGUAAUGACAAUGAAUGUGACAGAGAGAAAGGUACAUGCCUAAAAUGCCAGGAGAAUUAUACCGGAGAAUUAUGCCAGAAAUGUGAGAAAGGAAAACAUGGAGGAAGAUGUAACCUACUUUGUCCCGAUAGAUGUGAAGGUACCGUUUGUAAGCAAGAUUCUGGAAAAUGUUUUAGUUGUAGCGGAAACUUCAUAGGUGAUCGUUGCGCUAUUUGUAAAAGAGGCUUCUUUGGUUCACAAUGCAAUGACAAAUGUUCCGAAUAUUGCUUCGAUGAUAUAUGCGAUAGAAAUACCGGAGUGUGUAUGCAGGGAUGCAAACGGCAUUUCUCAGGAGACAAGUGUUGCUUAAGGAGCUCCAACUGUGUUAAGUGCUUAACAAAUGAUAGGUGUGAAGAAUGUAAAAUAGGCUUUCACGGAUCUACGUGCAAUAUGACUUGCAGCAAAUAUUGUGUCGAUAAUGUAUGCACACUGGCAACUGGUGUAUGUACAAAGGGCUGUAAUGGUACAUUCGACGAAUAUUUAUGCCCUCUGGAGGCCGUAACUGAGGCAGACAAACCAGAGGGGAGUAAUCAAGCAAUUGUGGCAGUCAUGGGAGUAGUCCUAGCCAUUUCAGUUGUAGUUAACAUUACUGUGGGUACUGUUGUAAUAGUAAGAAAAGUACAAUCUGGCCGCAGAGCAAACAAAGAUGGAAUGGAAGUAGCGUUUAAAAAUAACGCAACAGCUAUGAGCGAUCAUGUGGAUUUAACGAUACAUAACGCAAAUGGUAUGGCUGAUGAGAAUAACACAGAGUAUUAUAAUAUCAACGAGGAAAACGAGAAAAACAUGUCACAUGUCAACCCCAGACUUGAAAAGCUAGAGUCAGAAAACUUGGCACUCAGAGCCAGGGUUGCUUCCCUUGAACUUAAAGCCAACGUGGCUGAGCAGUACAGCCGGCGUAACUGA